AUGGGCGCACGCGCAGGUACAUACAUGUGGAUCGGUUGGCUCCUCCUCCUGGUCACACAAAAUGGCAUAGCGAAACACACAAGGGGUGGGCAUACACUUCAUUCGUUACAUGAAAAAGGGAGCUCUGUCCGCGGGGGAAAAAUAAGAAGCAACAUGUUUAUCAGGUGCAACGGUAUGAGAAACGGUAUGAGAAACGGUAUGAGAAAAGGCAUGAGAAACGGUAUGAGAAGCGGUAUGAGCAGUUCGACACGACAAACUGCGAACCAAGUGGAAGGGUGCAAAUCGCUCAGAGCGAAUGGAAGUGGAAAGGAACAACCAAUGAAACCGUCCAUAGAACAAUACGAUGUCGGAAUUCUCGGGUGCGGAGUUGGUGGACACGCCGCGGCAAUUAACGCAAUGGAGAGAGGAUUGAAAGUUAUAAUUUUCACGGGAGAUAAGGAUAGCAUAGGAGGAACCUGCGUUAACGUGGGAUGUAUUCCGAGCAAGUCACUGCUAUAUGCAACGGGUAAGUACAGAGAAUUAAAAAAUUUAGCCAAGCUGUAUACAUAUGGUAUUUACACUAAUGCAUUCAGAAAAAGUGGAAAGGAAGAUCCAGUGGAAAGAAACCAGUUGCUAGCUGAUACUGUUCAAAUAGACAUCGGAAAAUUAAAGGAGUACACACAAAGCGUUAUAAACAAAUUAAAGGGAGGAAUUGAAAACGGAUUAAAAAAAAAAAAAUUCUGCAAAAAUUCUGAACAUGUGCAGGUAAUUUAUGAACGUGGUCAUAUAGUAGAAAAAAAUAUUAUUAAAGGGGAGAAAAGUGGAAAGGAAUACCAAGUAAAAAAUAUAAUUAUCGCGACAGGGUCUACUCCAAAUAUACCAGACAACAUCGAAGUGGAUGAAAAAACAGUUUUUACUAGUGAUCAAGCAGUGAAGUUGGAAGGACUGCAAAAGUACAUGGGAAUAGUUGGCAUGGGAAUAAUAGGAAUUGAAUUCACAGACAUAUACACAGCCCUGGGUUCAGAAGUCGUUUCCUUUGAUUACUCUCCUCAAUUGUUACCUUUGCUCGAUGCAGACGUGGCGACCUACUUCGAGCGCGUCUUUAUUAAGUCGAAACCGAUGCGUGUGCACCUGAAUACGUGCAUUGAGUACGUGCGAGCGGGAAAGGGAAAUCAGCCAGUCAUCAUCGGGCACAGUGAGAGAAACGAUGCGGAAGAGGAUAAACCAAUUCAAAGGAAUAAUAAAAUCAAGGAAACGCGCGUGGACAGUUGCCUUGUCGCCACCGGGAGAAAACCGAACACGAAUAACAUGGGUCUCGACGACUUGCAAAUACAGAUGAAUAGAGGAUUCGUGUCGGUGGACGAACACCUGAGAGUAGAGAGAAAAGACCAGGGGGUGUACGACAAUAUAUUCUGCAUAGGUGAUGCCAAUGGAAAGCAAAUGUUGGCACACACAGCAUCGCACCAAGCAUUGAAGGUGGUCGAUUGGAUAAUAUCCAAUGGGAAAGAGACACACAACAACACUGUCCAUUCAAUCGCCUCUCACAACGAUUGGGCUAGUAAACCUAUCAUCUACAGGAAUAUUCCCUCGGUGUGUUAUACCACCCCUGAAUUGGCUUUCGUGGGAUUGACAGAAAAGGAAGCCAAGAAGUUAUACCCCCCCGAGAACAUCGGUACAGAGAUUUCAUUUUACAAGGCGAACUCUAAAGUGCUCUGUGAAAAUAACGACAUUACCUUUCCAGAACGCUCGAAAAAUAAUUCAUACAACAAAGGAAAGUAUAAUACUGUUGACAAUACAAGUGGUAUGGUAAAAAUAGUUUAUCUAAAGGAGAGCAAAGAGAUUCUUGGAUUGUUCAUCGUUGGAAGUUACGCUUCUAUUCUAAUUCAUGAGGGUGUGUUAGCCUUGAACUUGAAGUUGUCCGUUAUCGAUUUGGCUCACAUGGUGCACUCGCACCCCACCAUCAGCGAGGUUCUGGAUACAGCCUUCAAGGCCAUCGCCCAGGUUCGCACGCACUGA